AUGUUUAGUGCAUUACUUGAAUUACCACCGUCUCAUGUGUUGGUUUUCGUUGUCGGCUCCCUUGUCUUAUUCUACGGAAGUCGUCGAGUAUGGAAGGACUAUAAGAUCCGAAAGGUUGGUGGAGUGAGAGCUCCAGUGCUUGCCACAAAUCCCCUCACCGGACUGCGUUUCUUCAUCGAUGCUGGAUAUAAACAGAUGAACAACAGGCUGCUUGACUACUACAAUGGCGUCUUCAGAUGGGCAACACCGGAAUGUCCCAAUUGUGUCGAGAUUGCCUUCAAUGGCAAUGUACGCUUCAUCUUGAGCAGAGAUCCGGAACAUGUCAAGACGGUUCUCACAUCGAAAUUCACAGACUUCGGAAAAGGCCAGCAGUUCCACCAGACUUGGAGUCCCUUCUUGGGAGAUAGCAUCUUCACAACUGAUGGUCAUCUCUGGCAGGACAGCCGAAGCCUGAUCAGGCCCAUGUUCAUCAAGGAGAAAGUCCGAGACCUAGAAAUCUUCGACAAGUGGACACAGGUGCUUAUUUCAAAGCUACCAUCGUCAGGAGGAACUGUCGACAUCUCGGAUUUGUUCUACCGCAUGACUCUUGACGUGACUACUGACUUCCUUCUCGGAGAAAGUGUCAACAGCUUGGAGAAUCCAAAGCAUGAAUUUGCGGUUGCUUUUACAGAAGUGCAGAGGAUACAGAUGAUGCUUACCAUUCUUUCUCCUUUCAAGGCUCUCGUUCCGACUCACAAGUAUUACCGAGGAAUCAAAGUCCUCGAGCGCUUCAUCACGCCGUUCAUCCAUCACACUUUGACGUUUCCUCCGGAGGAACUAGAGAAGCUCUCAAAGUCGGACAAGAACUUUACCUUUCUUCAUAAUAUCGCACGAUAUUCUCGAAACCCGAAAGUCAUACGGGAUCAGCUCAUGGCUAUUCUCAUUGCUGGCCGAGACACUACAGCCGCCACUCUUUCAUGGACCAUCUACGAGCUAUCGCACUACCCAGCCGUCUAUGCCAAGCUGCGCAACGAGAUUUUAUCGACUGUUGGGGAAUCCGGCUCUCCAACGUACGAAGACCUCAAGAACAUGACAUAUCUCACCCACACAUUGAACGAGGCACUGCGGCUAUACCCAGCAGUUCCUUACAACCUCAGAGCGGCUCUUGAGAACACAACGCUUCCCGGACAACCAGGACAGCCCGACAUCGCCGUGUUGAAGAACGAUGUGGUAGUAUACAGCGCCCUGUCCAUGCAGCGCAGACCAGAUCUAUACCCACCCGUCUCAGAGAAGUUCGCCGAUGCAGCCAUCUUCAGCCCUGAGCGCUGGGAUCACUGGACGCCGAAGCCUUGGCACUACAUAGUCGAGUGGGAGUAA